UCACGUCGCCGCGGUCGAUGGCACAACUAUGCGGAGGACCAGCCACGCUCAUGCGGACGUGAGAGCGACUUCGCACGGCGUCUUUCCCGCGGGGAGGCGGCACUCCGCAGCUCCAAGACAAACUUUUUUUAUUGAUAAACGUUAAUAGUUUUAUUUUUUAAAAAGGCCGAAAAUGGCGGCGCCGUUCUCCAUCCAGGCCAUCCUGGACAAGAAGGACCGCGCCAGACCGCCUCUGCGCGACCUGGACGUCUGCUUCUCCAAGACCACUUGCUGGAGCAUAUUCGGCGCCGACUCCCGGAGAGGGGGCGGCGGCCUGGACGCGGACUCUCCGCCCGGGAAGAGCUACGACUCGGACUCCGGCCUGAGCGAGGACAACGACGCCAAAGCCCGCCCGGAGAAGGACGCCGGGGCCGCGGAGACCGACCAGGAGUCCGCGGCCGUGGAGCACAUCAAGAGCGACUGCGAGGCCAACAAUGCUGCAGAUUCGAGCACCCAGGAGGAGAAGAGCGGCGAGCAGCCCAAGCAGAGGAAGAAACGUUCCCGGGCGGCCUUCUCGCACGCCCAGGUCUUCGAGCUGGAGCGCCGCUUCAACCACCAGCGCUACUUGUCCGGGCCGGAGCGAGCCGACCUGGCCGCCUCCCUGAAGCUGACAGAGACUCAGGUGAAGAUCUGGUUCCAGAACCGCCGCUACAAGACCAAGCGCCGGCAGAUGGCGGCCGACCUGAUGGCAUCCACGCCGGCCGCCAAGAAGGUGGCGGUGAAGGUGCUGGUGCGGGACGACCAGAGACAGUACGGCCCGGGGGAGGUGCUGCGGCCCCCGCUGCUCUCCCUGCAGCCCUCCUACUACUACCCCUACGCCUACUGCCUGCCCGCCUGGACGCUGGCGUGUGCGGCCAACCAGUGACCACACCGGGGACUCUAUUUAUUGCAACACUCCCAAGCCGGGAAGUCACCUUUGAACCAAAGAAGAAGUCAAUCAAGGAGCCCUGAGGCUGAUUGGACACUUAAUUGUGGCCCCUCCUCCUUUCUCAUCACAUCCUACCUCUGCAGUGAUCUGGACUUUAUUGUUGCAGGCGUUAUUGUUGUGAUCACUCUCUCUCUCUCUCUCUCUCUCUCUCUCUCUCUCUCUCUCUCUCUCUCUCUCUCUCUCUCUCUCUCUCUCUCUCUCUCUCUGUUGUGCAGUCAAGGUAGGCUCUUGGACCGCAUGAAACACUCAACUUGUGGUGUUGUGGGCAAGGAGUGUGCCUCUUUAAAAGUGUGUGUGUGUGAUUGUUUUGUGUGUGUGUGUGUUU